CUUCUCUCAUGCCCUAAUGCUAUUCCUAUUAUUUUUCACUAGUGACAUAAAAAACCCUAGAUUUUGUAUUUUCCCCUUUUCAGAAUUUGUUUCUCAUCUCCAUAUCCAAAGCCUCUGAUAAUUACUGUUUUGCUUUAAUGGGGAUCAAAAAAAGAGUUUCCGAUUCCAUUGAAGAAGCAGAAACAGUAGCAGAGAAAGAAUUGAGUUCGAAGAAUGCAGAUGCUAAUCCCGAACUCUCUAAAAAGAAAUUGAAAAAGGAGAAAAAGAGAAAAGAAACUGAAACUGAAACUGAAACACGUGAAGACGAGGACCAAAUUGGAGUGAAUGCGCAAUCAACCCCCUCAAUUACAAAUAAGCCUUCUGUAAAUUCAAUGGAAAGAAAAAAGAAAAGGAAGUCGUUAGACAAAGAAAGACACCAUGGCUCCCCUAGAAAUAUGGUUUUAGAAUUAGAAAAUAAUAGAAACGAGAGUAUAACUCAUAGUCGUCGUGGUGGUGUGUUGCCUGAGUUCCACAUUGGGGUGUUUAAGGACCUUUCGGCAGCUGACGCAAGUGUCAGGGAAACGGCGGCUGAGGCCUUAGUUUCAGAGUUGAUGGAAGUUCAGAAAGCUUAUGAUAUGUUGGAGGAUAAGCAAGUAGUGGAGGACGCUCUGAAAUUGGAAGCUGAGAAGGAUGAUGGGUUGAAUAAUUGCGCCCCGUCCUUGAGGUAUGCUGUUCGGAGACUCAUUCGUGGAGUUUCCUCAUCAAGAGAGUGUGCAAGACAAGGAUUUGCAUUGGGUCUUACAAUUUUAGUAGGCACAGUUUCUUGUAUCAAAGUGGAGUCCUUAUUAAAGCUAAUAAUUAAUUUAUUGGAGGUCUCCUCUUCAAUGAAGGGUCAGGAAGCAAGAGACUGCCUGUUGGGACGCUUGUUUGCAUAUGGGGCUCUGGCAAGAUCUGGAAGACUGACUGAAAAAUGGAUGGCAGAUAGAAACACUCCUUAUGUUAGAGAAUUUACUAGUUGUCUUAUAUCUCUUGCAGCUAAGAAGCGAUACUUACAAGAGUCUGCUGUCUUAGUUAUUAUGGAAAUGGUUGAGAAGUUACCCGUUGAAGCCCUGUUGAAUCAUGUUCUUGAAGCACCAGGAGUUCAGGAGUGGUUUGAAGGAGCAACUGAAGUUGGAAAUCCUGAUGCUUUGCUUCUAGCUAUUAAAAUACAAGAAAAAAUUGGUGCCAAUGCUAAAGCAUUUUCCAAGCUUUUGCCUUCUCCAUAUAAUCAAAGCAAGCUUUUCUCUGCUGAUCAUAUGUCUGCCAUUUCUAAUUGCUUAAAGGAGUCCACCUUUUGUUUGCCUCGGGUUCAUAGUGUCUGGCCUGUUUUGGUAAAUAUUCUCCUCCCCGACUCUGUUGUGCAAGAUGUAAAUUUUGCGUUGGGUCCAAGUACCACUAAGAAGCACAAAAGAGGCCGCAAGGGUAGUUCACUUGAAGAUAUCGAGAAAAAUCUGAAAUGCUUUUUUGAAGUUGUUAUUGAAGGAUCACUCUUGACGUCCUCUCAUGAUCGGAAGAACUUAGCUUUUGAUAUUAUGUUGCUUCUACUGCCUAAGCUACCUGCAUCUUGUGUGCAUGUGGUAUUGUCCUAUAAAAUUGUCCAGUGUCUUAUGGAUGUACUUGCUACAAAAGAUUCAUGGCUUUACAAAGUUGCACUACAUUUUAUUAAAGAACUGUCUGACUGGGUCCAGCAUGAUGAUGCCAGGAGAGUUGCAGUUAUUCUGGCUCUCCAGAAAAACACCAACGGAAAAUUCGAUUGCAUCACCAGGUCAAAAACAGUUAAAGAUCUGAUGUCAGAAUUGAAGUUGGGAUGCGAUCUGUUCAUUGAAAAUUUGAUUACUAUGUUUCUGGAAGGUCAUACUUCUGAGGAACCAUCAGACCAGAGUCAAACAGCAGAUGACAAUUCGGAGAUGGGUUCCAUAGAAGAUAUGGAUUCUGUUGGAAAUAUAGGAAGUCCUGAUUUUCUCAGAACCUGGGUUGUUGAAUCUCUUCCUAGUGUGCUGAAGCAAUCAAAGCUAGAUCCGGAUGCAAGGUUCCAUGAGCAAAAGAAAAUAUUGAAUUUCCUGUCUGUUCAAGGAUUAUUCUCUUCAGCUAUUGGGACAGAAGUGACGUCUUUCGAAUUACAGGAUAAGCUUAGGUGGCCAAGGUCAUCAAUUUCUAGUGCUUUAUGCACUGUAUGCAUUGAACAGCUACAAUUAUUGCUUGCAGAUGCUCAGAAAGGGGAACACCUACAAUUAUUACUUCCAGAUGCUCAAGAGGGGGGAACACCUCAUGUGGGGGCAUUUGGUCCUGAGACAAAUGAUCUUGGAUCUUACUUUAGGAGGUUUCUGAGUAUAUUAUGCAACAUCCCUUCAGUUUCAUUGUCAAGGGCCUUGAGCACUGAUGAUGAUGAAGCAUUCAAAAAUCUUCAAAAAGAGUUAUUGAAACUGGAAGUGAAGCAGAGUCAGUUAUCGAGAGAGGACAGAAAUCUUAAUCUUUGCAUGGACGUGAGUAAAAUUCAUGCCAUGAGAUAUUUGCUAAUCCAACUGCUGCUUCAAAUCCUAGUCCGACCUGGGGAAUUCUCUGAAGCUGCUUCUGAACUUAUUAUGUGCUGCAAGAAGGCUUUUGGACCCUCUGAUCUUCUGAAAUCGUCUGGUGAAGAUGGUACACCCGAAUUGAUGGAUGUUCUGGUAGACACAAUGCUUUCCCUGCUUCCACAGUCAUCAGCUCCUAUGCGGUCUGCUAUCGAGCAGGUUUUCAAGUAUUUUUGUAAAGAUGUCACGGACGAUGGAUUGCUUCGGAUGUUGCGGGUUAUCAAAAAGGAUUUAAAACCAGCUAGACGCCAGGAUACAGAUAGUGAAGAUGAAGUAGAUGCUGAUGAUGAUAUUCUUGCUAUUGAAGAAGCAGAGGAAUCUGAUGUGGCUGAGACUGGCGAAACUGGUGAAAGUGAUGAGCAAACAGAUGAUUCUGAGGCUGUAGUUGGAUUUGGCACUGAAAACAUGGAGAUUACAGAUGAUUCUGAUGAUGAUUCCGAUGAGGGCAUGGAUGAUGAUGCAAUGUUCAGGAUGGAUACUUAUCUUGCACGGAUUUUCAGGGAAAGGAAGAACCAAGCUGGAGGUGAAACUGCCCAUUCUCAGCUUGUUCUCUUCAAGCUUCGAACUCUCUCUUUGCUGGAGAUUUACUUACAUGAAAAUCCAGGUAAACCGCAGGUACUAAAAGUUUUCUUGCACCUUGCUCAAGCAUUCGUAAAUCCACAUACCACAGAAGUUAGCGAACAGCUUGGCCAACGGAUUUGGGGUAUACUGCAAAAGAAAAUAUUUAAAGCGAAGGACUAUCCGAGAGGCGAAGCUGUACAGCUUUCUUUUCUUGAAUUGCUUUUGGAGAAGAACUUGAAGUUGGCAGCAAAGCCUUUUAAGAGGAAAAAAUCUGCUUCCAAUCCAUCAAAGAAAAAGCAAUCUGCCUCUUGGAACCGAUACAAAAUGAUAAGUUCACUUGCUCAAAGCUCGACAUUUUGGAUUUUAAAGAUCGUUGAUGCGAGAAAUUUUUCAUACUCUGAACUACAGAGGAUAUUUGAUAUUUUUGAAUCUGCAUUAGUGGCCUAUUUUGAUAAUAAAAAGUCGCAGAUGAAAUCUGAUUUUUUAAAGGAAAUAUUUAAAAGACGACCUUGGAUUGGGCAUCACUUCUUUGGUUUUCUUUUGGAGAGAUGCGGAAGUGCAAAACAUCAGUUUCGACAAGUUGAAGCUCUUGAGUUGGUGACGGAGAUUUUAAAGUCACUCCUCUCUUCUCAUGCUGAUGAAAGCGGGAAGAAUGCAUCAAAGAUGUUAAAAAGCCAUCUUCCAAAGAUAUGCCAUCUAAUCAAGCAGUUAGUGACCAACAUGCCUGAAAAGCAGUCCAGACGAGCUGAUGUGCGAAAGUUCUGUACUAAGAUAUUCCAAAUUUUAUCCGCUCAUAAUCUGAGCACAUCGUUUCUUAAAGCUUUGGAGCCAGAUGGUCAUGCUGGUUGUGAAUCUCAACUUGGAGAGACAUUUCUUGCUUUGAAGAAGCAGGAACACUGAUACAUAGAAGCAUCAGUCUGCUGGAAGCUGUAUUCACGGGGCUAGUUUAGCUUCCAUUUACUGCAAAGAUUGAGAGGAUGCCGGUUGGCAUUACUUCCCCGAGGUAAGUUCGAUGUGUUCCAUUGACCUUAGAAACUGUUGUUUACUUGUCAUAAACCACUUAUUUGCAAGAUGUUAUAGAGUUUCCUUGUUCAAUGUUAAUUGUUUAUUUCAGUCACUGGUCCAUUCCAAGUUGUAGAACCAUUCAAUAUUGAGCCAAACUAGUUAGUGUAUUUACUUUUUCACCUCUGUAUUGACUUCUAUACUUGAUCUUCGCUCACUUUUGCACGAUUGAUGCAUGUUCCAUUUGACAGUAUUGAAUACUAGUAGAAUAUGUAUAAGCACUUUUUUUCCUUUUU